AUGGGUACCCAUAAAUUGAUACCUAUAUCAGGCUCAUUGCACAAUUCCGGCACGGAAGUGAUAUAUGAAGGGAAGAUCACGUGGCAGCUUCUUUUUCGUAACUCUUUUUCCACGGUAUUCGUCAGGGGCAAGCUUGCGGUCGUCCGGCACGAGGGGAACUACUGGCUUAUACUGAAGGAUGGAGACUUGGGAAUCCCCAUUAGCACAUACGAUGAGUACAAUAAUAGCGUGGAGUUCCAACAUCCAACGAGGGAGAUAGCAAAAAGGGUAAGAGAGGACAGCAGAUUGCCCUUUACGGUUAAGCUCGCUCCCGACUUCCCUAUUAUAUGGGCAAUACAAUCUUCAACAGGAAUCGCUCUACACUUGCCACUAGGGUCUAUGGCUUCCAAAUGGUGCGGUGGAAGCAAGGAGAAACCCCUUGAGAAAGGAUGGUUGGAAUACGAAUUGGUGUUCAUGAUGGAGCAAGCUAUUAAGAGUAGGAGAGUGCUCGAGAGGCAAAGUGGAAUAAAGAGAUUGCAGAUAAUUUAUGACAAUGGCUGGAAUAUGGAGAAGAUAGAAGCAAGUUUGGCGGCUGGCAACAAUCCACGCCCCCCGCUAUACGUACAAAACGGGCACAUUGUCGGGUGUAGGGAACUCGACAUUAUCAGCCACAUGCAAUUUUUCCCUGAGACUACGAAGCCGCCAAAGAGGCUCGUGAAUCUUCAGACCGGGGAAGUCGAGGUGUCAACCGGUCAGGACAUAAAUUAUGCGGCUUUAUUAUAUGUGUGGAACAAUGGUAGUGUCGCUGAGAAAGUGGCUAUAUAUCAGCGUCUCCUAAACAACAAAACAGGUAGAGAAACCACUCACCCUUGGGUGGAUCAGUUAUGUAUAGAUCAAGGCAAUCCGGCAGAGAUCGCCGAAGAGGUAAUAAAAAUGGCAAGCUACUAUAGAGGAGCAAGUCGCAUUAUUAACCGAGUUAAUUGCCAGCUAGCCAGGCAAUAG